AUGGGGAAGCGGCAGCACCAAAAGGACAAAAUGUACAUUACGUGUACAGAGUACACCAAUUUCUAUGGAGGCAAACGGGCGGAAAUCCCGCAGUCCAACUUCAGACGGCUUCCGUUCGACCACUGCAGCUUGUCCCUUCAGCCAUUUUCUUAUCCUGUGUGCACUUCGGAAGGCAUCGUCUUUGACCUGCUGAGCAUUAUUCCAUGGAUCAAGAAGUAUGGGACUAAUCCCAUAUCUGGAGAGAAACUGGAAGUCAAGUCACUUGUCAAACUCAACUUCUCCAAAAACAACGAUGGCAAAUACCACUGUCCCGUUCUCUACUCAGUCUUCACAAACAAUUCUCACAUUGUCGCCAAUAAGGUUACCGGCAACGUUUUCUCCAAUGAGGCAGUAGAGCAGCUCAACAUCAAGACUAAAAGUUUCAAAGAUCUGCUGACGGAUGAACCAUUUACAAGAAAAGACAUUAUCACACUUCAGGAUCCAACAAACCUGGACAAGUUCAACGUCGCCAAUUUUUUCCACGUGAAAAAUGACCUCAAAGUGCUGGAUCCAGAGGAAGAGAAGGCCAAGCAGGACCCAUCGUACCACCUCAACACCACCAACCUGGAGACCCGGGAGACCCUGGCAGAGCUGUACAAGGACUACAAGGGGGACCAGCUGCUUGCUGCCACGAUGAAGGAGCCUGAGGCCAAGAAGACGGACAAAAUCAACAAGGCUCACUACUCUACGGGCAGGGUCGCCGCCUCUUUCACGUCAACAGCCAUGACGCCGGCCACCACUAACCAAGCAGACGCCAUCGCCGACGACACGGUGCGCUACAGCUAUGUUAAAAAGAAAGGCUAUGUCCGCCUGCACACCAACAAAGGAGACCUCAACGUGGAACUACACUGUGACAAGAUUCCCAAAGCAGGGGAAAACUUCAUCGGCCUGUGCAAAAAAGGCUAUUAUGAUGGCACAGUCUUCCACAGAUCCAUCCGGAAUUUCAUGAUACAAGGAGGCGACCCAACCGGCACGGGCACAGGUGGAGAAUCCUUCUGGGGCAAACCUUUCAAGGACGAGUUCAGACCCAACUUAUCCCACACGGGCCGAGGGAUUCUAAGCAUGGCCAAUUCGGGUCCAAACACCAACAAGUCUCAGUUCUUCAUCACAUUCCGCUCCUGCACUUACCUGGACAGGAAACACACGGUGUUUGGAAGGGUUGUUGGCGGCUUCGAAACGUUGACGGCCAUGGAGAACGUUGAGAGUGACGCCAAAACGGACAAACCAAAGUCGGAAAUCAAGAUCAUAAGCGCAACGGUGUUCGUGGACCCGUACGAAGAGGCUGACGCGGAGAUCGCGGCAGAGCGGGAGAAAGAAGAGAAGAAGAAAACAGAAGAGGAGGAGCGGCGGCAAGCCUGUGCCUCCUUGAGGAAGGCUAAGGAUGAGCAGACACCCAAGGCAUUCAAGCAAGGCGUCGGAAAAUAUAUAAAUCCCACUGCAACGAAACGCCCAACCACAGAAGAAGAAAGCGGACCUUCUACCAGCAGUGCCGCCAAAAAACCAAAAGGAAAGUCCACGUUAGGAGAUUUUAGCUCCUGGUAG